UCCGCCAUCUUGGGGCCCGUGGAGACCUCGCUUUGGCUCUCUACAGUCUCCUUUUCCUCAGCGUCUGCUGGGAACAGGACUUCUAAAAGGCAAAUAUGUCUGGAAGGCUGUGGUCCAAGGCCAUUUUUGCUGGCUAUAAGAGAGGUCUCCGGAACCAAAGAGAGCACACAGCUCUUCUUAAAAUUGAAGGUGUUUAUGCCCGAGAUGAAACUGAAUUUUAUUUGGGCAAGAGAUGUGCUUAUGUAUACAAAGCAAAGAACAACACAGUGACUCCUGGCGGCAAACCAAACAAAACCCGAGUAAUCUGGGGAAAGAUAACUCGAGCCCAUGGAAACAGUGGCAUGGUUCAUGCCAAAUUCCGAAGCAACCUUCCUGCUAAGGCCAUAGGACACAGAAUCCGUGUGAUGCUGUACCCCUCAAGGAUUUAAAGUGAUGAAAAGUAAAUAAAAGUGGAUUUGU